GACGGCUCACGCAUGCUCCAUGUUCAGCGGAGGUCACUAGCAAACCUACUGCCGCGUCAUCACCUUGCUUUCAUGGUCUCUACAUCAUACGACUCUGUGAUCGCGUCGGCGGACGAAGUCCAAGUCAAGUUGAUGGAAGAAAUGGUGAUUCAAGUCGACGAACAAGACAACGUUGUCGGCCCGAUCUCCAAGAAGGACUCGCACUUCAAGGAUGGCGUGCUGCACCGCGCAUUCAGCGUGUUUCUGUUUAACUCGGACAACCAGUUGCUCAUCCAAAAGCGCGCAGCCGAGAAGAUCACUUUCCCCAGCUUCUGGGCGAACACGUGCUGCAGCCACCCUUUGUACUUUCCCGAAGAACUUGAGGAAAAGAAUCACUUGGGUGUCAAGCGCGCGGCGAUCCGCAAGCUCGAGCACGAACUCGGCAUCAAGACGGACACGUUCCAGCCUGAACAAUUCAAAUUCCUCACCAAGGUGCUGUACCGCGCCCCGUACGACGAAAACUGGAGCGAAUACGAAGUCGACCACAUCCUCCUCGUUCGUGCCGACGUCAAGUACGAGCUCAACGAAAAUGAAGUGGCGGAAGUGCGCUACGUUGCUCGCGACGAGCUGGAAAACGUCUUGAACGACCCGAGCAUGCUCAUUUCGCCUUGGUUCCGCCUCAUCUCGGAAGGGCUGUUGCCCCAAUGGUGGAACGACCUGGACAACGUGUUGGCCAAGGACAAUGACAACGUCGUGAUCAACAACUACAUCCAAUAAUGACGCAUCCAAUACUAGUUUUUCAGUCCA